AUGGCGGUGCUCGUCCGACUUCCGCCAAACUACAGAGAAAAAACUUUCAUCAUCCCCAAGACAGCAACCUCUCCUCCUCCCAAGCCUCAAGACUUCUGCACCUUCACGCCGCUGUCUCCUGCAGACGCUGAGGAGGAACGCCUCUUAUUAGACUCCAUCGCCUGGCCUGAAACUCCACUUCUGCCCUCUCCUCUAAUACUGAAUCAGACGAGUGAUCCUGCUCACAGCUCCUUCACCGUUCUCCCAGGGAGGAAUGGAGGAGCGCUGCAUGUAGGAGAUCAGCUGGAGGUGCUGAUAAAAAUACACGACUACCAUGGAAAUGCCAAGAAGUCUGGAGGAGAUGUCUUAGUUACACGAUUGCACAACCAGGAGCUGGAAGCAGGUGUGGCCGGACGUGUGGUGGAUCACUUUAACGGCUCCUACUCUGCUGUGUUCCCUUUACUCUGGGAGGGAAGAGCACAGGUUGAGGUAACGCUUGUUCACCCGAGUGAGGCUGUCACAGUUCUGCGCAGACUGACCAGAGAACAGCCGGACAGGAUUUACUUCCAAAGCGUCUUCUCCUCAGACUCCAUCUCUGAAACUAAAAUCUGUAACGUUUGCCUACGUCAAACCAACGAGCCACAGUGCAACUUCACUGACCUCCAUACCGGUGAUCCUUGGUUCUGCUACAAGCCAAAAAAUCUGAACUGUGAUGCCAGGAUGAGCCAUACAUUUGCAGGAUUCCAGAAAAAACUUGAGGCUAAUGAGCAAAAUCUGUUCCAAAGUACCGUCAACAUGAAAGUAUCCAUUCAAGCUUUGGGACCAGCUUUCAUCAGCGUUUUGCCACAAAGGCAAGGACAACCCAAAGUCAGUCAAGACAGUGGGAAUUCUGGACUGUCUGGGUAUUACUACAAGGGUGUGUGGCGAUCACUAGGUGGCACCAAAGUCCACCAGUUCAACAACGCCUCUGCCAUCAGUGAGUGUCUAAAAGGCAAGACAGUCCACCUGUAUGGAGACUCCACCAUGAGGCAGUGGUACGAGUACCUGGACGCUUCACUACCAGAUGCAAAGGCAGUACAUGUGGAAGGCCAGAGCAUAAAAGGACCUUUCAUGAUGUGGGACAAUGCAAAGAAGAUCUUGGUAAAGUAUCGCUGCCAUGGUCCUCCUCUCCGUUUUGCCGUCCCAACCAGUCAGCUGCGUUACAUUGCCAAUGAACUUGAUGGGUUAGUCGGUGGCUCCAACACAGUUGUAGCUGUUAGCAUCUGGUCCCACUUGGGCACUUUCCCAGUAGAGAUCUACAUCAGACGGCUUCAGAGCAUCCGCAAGGCAGUGGUCCGUCUGUUGAAUCGUGCUCCAGGUACACUGGUGGUCAUCCGGACAGCAAACCUGAAAGCGCUUACGCUUUAUGAGACGUUAACCAACAGUGACUGGUACUCGAUUCAACGAGACAAGGUGCUCAGAGCUAUGUUCAAAGGACUCAAUGUGAGGAUGGUGGAUGCCUGGGAGAUGACCCUGGCACAUCACCUGCCACACAACCUUCACCCACAACGUCCCAUCAUUAAAAAUAUGAUUGAUGUCCUCUUGUCCUACACAUGCCCCUAA